AUGCUGCCCAACGACACCUUCAGAAACCUGGAGGAUGGUUUAUAUCUAUUAAACUUCUCCAACGAGACGCAUAACGUGGAUUCUCACCACAGCAGCGCGAUCUUUAUAUCCUUCAUAUAUUCCGUGGUCUGUAUGGUGGGACUCUGUGGGAACUCGAUGGUGAUUUAUGUCAUUUUCAGAUAUGCAAAGAUGAAAACUGCGACAAACAUUUAUAUUUUGAACUUGGCGAUCGCGGAUGAGUUACUCAUGUUGAGCGUACCUUUCUUGGUGACCUCUUCUUUACUUCACCACUGGCCAUUUGGAUCUCUACUGUGCCGUUUGGUUCUGAGCGUCGAUGCUAUAAACAUGUUCACCAGCAUCUAUUGUCUCACUGUGUUGAGUAUGGAUCGCUACAUCUCCGUGGUGCACCCCAUCAAAGCCGCCAGGUACCGGAGACCCACCAUUGCCAAAAUAGUCAACUUGGGGGUCUGGAUGUUCUCCAUCCUGGUCAUCUUACCCAUCAUUGUCUUCUCCACUACUGCACCCAACUCUGACGGAUCGGUGGCUUGCAACAUGCAGAUGCCCGAACCUGAACGGCAAUGGAUGGCUGUAUUUGUGACAUACGCUUUUCUAAUGGGCUUUCUAUUCCCUGUCAUUGCCAUAUGCAUGUGCUACAUCCUCAUUAUAGUGAAAAUGAGGGUGGUCGCGUUGAAAGCAGGUUGGCAGCAGCGCAAAAAGUCUGAGAGGAAGAUUACAUUGAUGGUGAUGAUGGUGGUCACUGUGUUUGUGAUCUGUUGGAUGCCCUUUCACAUCGUACAGCUAGUAAGUGUAUUUGUACAGCAGCAUAAUGCCACUCUCAGUCAGCUGGCUGUGAUUUUAGGAUAUGCCAACAGCUGUGCCAACCCCAUCCUGUACGGAUUCCUAUCGGACAACUUCAGACGCUCGUUCCAAAGGAUUUUAUGCCUCCGAUGGUGGGAAAACGCCACGGAGGAGCCCAUAGAUUACUAUGCCACAGCUCUGAAGAGUCGAGGAUAUAGCGUGGACGAAUUUCAGCAGGAUAAUCUGGAAUCGGACAGCACUUACAGGAAUGGCACCUGUGCUUCUAGAACUACAACAUUGUAGGAGGACAGUAUUGCACCAUAACAAAAAUACUUGAUUUGUUAUAUGUUGUCUUUGCAGUAUAAGCUGUUUUAUAGUAUUUCGUUUUGGUAACACUUUAGAGUCAUUUUCAUUAAUGAUAUUAUUCAUUUACAUAACGCUUGAUCAGUAGUUAAUGUACUAUCAAACAUUUACAGUGUCAUUAUCGAUUUUCAUUAAAAAAAAAUAUGUGCAUUAACUUUUAAUAUGUUAACCCUAAUAAAUCAUUGACAUUAAUUAUUUAUUGUAUUUUUCCCCCCUUGACAGUGUUUUUUAGAAAGCCACUGCAUAUAAAACCCUAGAUUUUAAGGAUAUUUUUUGGGGGGUUAUUUUGUGUGACAGAGUGCAUGCCAGCUACUGCUUUUUAAUAAUAACAAUUUUAAAAAAAAGUUGGCCUUAAUAUUUAAUAGUUAUAAAGAAACGUUUCUUUCUGUUACGCUGGGUCUGUGGUGGUUAAACAUCAUAUGUUUGUUUAUGAGUUGUUUAAGG